AUGCAAUCAAGUUAUGCUUCUACAAGCAAAAAAAGUUUUCUUCAUUUUUUUGAUGAAACUUCAAGCGUUGGAGACUAUGCGGAAAUAAAGUUUGAGAACCCCAGCUACCUGCCAUCUAUAGGACAUGACAGUCUAGUGAGAGCUUUAAAUGUUAUUGAAAACGAAAAGGAUUUACUUCAAUUGACUGAGACAUUCUUUGCAGUCUGUCAAAACAACUAUUACUAUGUCAAUUAUCAAAAGUUUACGACAGAACUCCAGCUAUUCCUUCUGCGUUACAAGAACUGGCUGAAACAUAAAAUUAUUCAAGAUUGGAAAUUUAUAGUAGUUCUAUUUGGCGUGCUCGCCGUUGGUUCUGGUUAUGAAUAUUUGGUGGAAGAAAACACACUACCAAAGGUUACUCAUUUCAUGCUAGGACUCCAAGAUCCUGGGAUGAAGUACUACAAGGCUUGCAUUCCUUUUAUUGGUGACUUGAUAGCUUGUCAUGAUCUUGCUAGUGCUCAAGGUUUGCUAUUAUUUGGGCAGUUUCUCACAUCAAUCGAAACAAGCGUGUCUGAUUCUAUUUCCUUCAACAUUGGACCUUCUGAUGAAAGCGGCUACAUCUAUCUCCGGACGGCUACUGAAAUAGCGUUAGCUAACAAAGUGCAUUUGAUUCUGGUGGUGAAUUCGCCAGAAGAUGAAGCAAAGCUAAGAUUUUGGUGGAGCUGUUAUUGCUUAGAAAGAAAAUAUGGUAUCAAUCUAGGGAAGCCAAGUCUCAUAGAUAAGGAGGAAAUAACUUCUCAGUUACCAAGUGACUGCCCUGAAUUGAGAAACGAGAACGGAACGUCAAACUACCUAAAUCAGAGAGCCAUGGUAGAGUUGACAUUCAUCAUAGAUCGAAUAUCUCUGACGUUGAGUGUAUCUCCUUCAUUGAAUAGCAAAGAUCGUUUCGUAAAGUUGGAUUUUGAUGAUAUCAAAGAAUUGUUGAAAUCGCUUGACGAAUGGAAGAUUAGCUAUUCAUCGAUACUCGACCUUGAAUUAGACUCGAAAGAUAACCUUUAUCGAGCCCACAUACAUUUACGAUUGAAUUUCUUGUUGGCCAAACUAUACCUCGGCAAGCCGUUCUUGUUGCUAAAAGUGGAACUACAAAGUGGUAAGAAAAACUUGAAUAAUAGUGAGAGGGUGUUCAUUGACCACUUGGCUUCAAUAGGUGUGGAUUCUGCAUUCAGAAUGGUUCAGCUUUUUGAAUCACUAGCGGAAAAUCAAAAGCUUGGGUUAUUUUCAUCAACUGAUUUCAAUUUUUGUAAUGCAAGCCUUUUUAUGAUUGCCGUGUUUUUGAAAGUUGAUAAAUCCGAAAGUACCUUGCUAUUUUUCAAAAAGGGAAUUUCAGUACUCCAAGUGUUAGCAAUGGGAUGCACGGCUGCAAAAGUAGCUUUCCAAAGAUUUGACAGGAUCCAAUCUCACAUAAUGAAAAGUUUAGAUGAGCUGGGAAUGAUACCAACGUCCCUAGUGGAAUACAAUGGUUCAGAUUUGGUUGAAAAUGUUGAUACUGAAGGAGAUUCAAUCUUUGAGAACGAAGCAGCAGAAUUUUUAAACUUGCCUCGAAGUAUUCUCGAACUAGAGAGUUUACCAUUCGAUGAGGAAUUCUACGGUUUUUAG